CGCUUCGAACAGCUUUCGAAGCAAGAACUCAAGAAGCUCUGCGAAGAGCGUGAGCUGCCCAUCUAUCAGCCGAAGAAGGGCAAGCAUUACCCUGCAGAAGACCCUGCCCUGCUACCUCAGACGUUCCGACCAAAAGAGCGGAUGCGGACCAACAGCGUGGCGUUGGUAAUGUGUCUAAAUAUCGGGGUGGAUCCGCCCGACGUCGUCAAGAUCAAUCCCUGCGCCAGAAUGGAAUGCUGGAUCGAUCCGAUUGCCAAUAUGGCGAAAACACCUUCAACCAAGGUGCUGGAUCAGAUCGGUCAAGCUCUCCAAAAGCAAUACGAGAAAUGGCAAACGAGAGCGAGAUACAAGCAGGCGCUCGAUCCUACGUUCGAUGACGUCAAGAAGCUCUGCACAAGUCUGAGAAAAAGCGCCAAGGAUGAACGAGUUCUGUUUCAUUACAAUGGACACGGAGUGCCCAAACCUACGCACAAUGGAGAAAUUUGGGUUUUCAAUAGGCAAUAUACUCAAUACAUACCGCUGUCCUUAUACGAUCUUCACCAAUGGAUGGGAUCACCGUCCAUUUACGUGUACGAUUGUUCAGCGGCGGGAAUCCUGCUCUCGAAAUUACAAACUUGGACGAUAGAGGGUCAACGGAACGACCAGCAUACGGCUUGUAUGACGAGUACUCUACAAAACGGUCAGACGUGUACGGCCUCGUACGAGAACUGCAUCCAGCUCGCAGCAUGUCGUCAGGACGAAAUCCUGCCCAUGGAUCCCUCGCUACCCGCGGACAUGUUCACGGCGUGUCUGACCACACCUAUCCAAAUGGCUUUGAAAUGUUACGUGUUGAAUAAUUCAUUUAAACUUGUUCCCGAUCUCACGCCAGAGGACAUCGACAACAUUCCCGGCCUACUGACAGACCGGAAGACAAUGCUCGGAGAAUUGAAUUGGAUAUUUACCGCAAUCACUGAUACAAUCGCGUGGAACGUUCUCCCAAAGACACUAUUUCAAAAGUUAUUCCGACAGGAUUUGCUUGUCGCCUCACUAUUUCGAAAUUUUCUGUUGGCCGAGAGAGUGAUGAGAGUCUACGAUUGCAAUCCACAAUCGAGUCCUGCUCUGCCAAAAACGUUCCAACACCCUAUGUGGCAGGCCUGGGAUCUGGCUCUAGACAGCUGUUUACGUCAACUACCGGGCAUGUUGAAGAACGACACCCCGUUCUCUCAUUCACAAUUUUUCGCCGAUCAGUUGACGGCCUUCGAGGUCUGGUUGAGGUUUAGUUCCUUGGAUGCGCAGCCGUCGCCGCCGGAGCAACUCCCCAUAGUUCUGCAGGUGUUGUUGAGUCAGGUUCACAGAACUCGGGCCCUCGAGCUGUUAGGAAAAUUUCUAGACCUCGGACCGUGGGCAGUGUCUCUAGCCCUAUCAGUCGGAAUCUUCCCGUACAUCCUCAAGUUGUUGCUAAGUCAAGCCCGUGAACUCCGCCCGCUGCUCGUAUUCAUCUGGGCGAAGAUUCUCGCAGUAGAUUGCACCUACCAAGUGGAUUUAGUACGCGAGAACUCUCACAAGUACUUCCUGGAUUCGCUCCAGGACGCCACACUGCCAAUGAAGUAUCGCACCAUGGCGGCAUUUAUCCUAUCGUGUCUUUGUGCUGAUGGUCACCACAAGGGUCAGAAAGUCUGUCUGCAGCGGCCGGUCGUCGCGGCAUGCACCGAGCUGCUAUCGGACAACCUUCCGGAAGGUCUGAAAAAAUGGCUCUGCAUCUUACUCGGUCGUCUGUGGGACGGUUACUGCGAAGCGAAAUGGCUCGGUAUCCGCUCAUCGACCCACGAGCGACUCGUGCCUCUACUUCAAGAUCCCUCAGCUGAGGUCCGCGCCGCCGCUGUUUUCGCCUUGGGCACCAUGCUGAAUUCUCAAACGGAGCGGACGUCCCAUGCGGAUAACACCGAUAGUCAACUAGGGAAUAUCCUCGUUACGAAUAUGCAGUGGGAUGCGAGUCCUCUGGUCCGUCAAGAGCUCGUGGUGGCCCUGCAAUGGCUCCUCUGCGUUUUCGACACGCAAUACGUGACGGCGGCUUACCAAACGCUACAGGAUGAGCGAAAAGGUUGCUCGACCUGUUCGGAUGCGCCCACCAGUCCAGCGGCUUCGAAGCAGGUCCGAGUAAAGAGCGCAUCAAACUUCUUCGUCCCCACCAUUGUCGACGGGGUGCGGACUCCGCCGAGCACGGCUCCGUGUACGGGUGUCAUGGCGAUCGAACAAACGAGGAUGCGGAGAAUAUCUUCCGGAAAUUCCCUACCGUCGCAGUCGAGUGGGUCGGUUCUCCUCCAGAAUACGGUCCAUCCGCAGCAUGCGAAGACAUGGAAGUUCCUGAACUCUCUAGCGACUGCGGACCCCCAUGAAAAAGUGAGCGAUAUGACGAACACGCUGGUUCGGAUGUAUAGAGAUAAAGCUGAGACGAUGAUCGCGUUCCGGCGACCUUCCCGAGAUCAUCUACGCAAUAAUCCCUCGACGUCGGGUGCGACGACGAUAGCAAACUCGACGAACACAUCCCAUUCGGAACCAUCGUCCCCAUCGGGAGCUAACUCGUAUCUGCCCAGACGGAAUUUCGACAAUACUCUACCGCUCGUCAAAGAAAAUCGGCCCUCAGUCACCCUUCAAGAGCACAACGCCCCUCAAGCGAACGGGGAAGUUCAAGAAUCCAGUUACCAGCUAGUGGCUAAUCCUGUGGUCAGGACGAAUUUCCUGGAUAUUCUUACAAGACAGAUCCAGAGACCAAGUCUGAACGAUGUAAGUGCCGAAUCGUUACCCCAUUGAAAUGCAUCUCUGCUCCGACGGAGACUGCAGCGGGAUUGUAUCUAUGAAGGAACGCAUCAGCCCGAAGAUCGCGAUGCGCUCUCUUAUUCAAAAGCUGAAUUUCGGUUCAUGCGCAACGCUACCGUUCGAAGACAGGCCGCUCAAGCUUUACGAACCGAAUCCUACAAAGUACUCGCCAAACUUGAGGAGCAGCAGUUCGUGAAGAGAUUGUCUUCAUCGCCAAGCAGUGCGGUGUUUCAUCCUUUUGAACCGCUACUCUUUGUAUCCGACUCUCAGCAGGUUGUUGUGUUCGACACGGAACGAAUGGUCGAACUAGACGUUCUCGAUAAGCACAAUAUGCGCUUCUCGAGUCGGUCCCCAAUCAGAAAUUAUCCUCGAAUAUCGUCGACCGUGCUCGUCAAUGCUCACCACGAUCGAUGUCUGCUGUUGACGGCGACGACAGACGGUGCCGUACGCGCGUGGGCGAACACCUACUCGUCGUUUUACAAUCCUCGAAAGCCCGAACCGGUAGAGCUCGUGACGGCCUUCAACUGCAUGUUAGACGCUCCGGAAAUCCAGACGUCCUUGAAGUGCAGCGGCGUACUCCUCGACUGGGACCAGACCCAGUGUCAGCUGAUCACCUGCGGAGACAUGCGGGUGGUCCGUCUCUGGGACAUGAACCAGGAACGUCGCAUUUUGGACAUGUCCGUCGACGCCGAUGAGUCGGUGCGCUGCGUGUCGGUCGAUAGGAAUGUCGGCGGCUUCUUGCUCGCGGUCGGAAUGCGCGACGGUUCGGUGAAGCUCUUCGAUAGGAGAAUGCCCUCGAAAGGUUGCCGGCCGGUCCUGAAUGCGCGCGACCAUCACGGUCAGGUGGUCGGAGUUCAUCUCGAUGCCAACAAGCAAAUGUUGACUUCGGCAUCGGUCGCAGGCGAUAUCCGAUACCGACACCUGGCCGCGGGCAGCAAUCACUCGGAGAAGCGUAUGACACAGCUCUCCCAACAGGAUCUCACUUGUAUGGCGGUCCAUCCCUUCUUCCCCGGAGCGAUCGCUUGUGGAACUCAGAGCCAGAAUAUCGUGGUUAUAGAGGAAGACGCCGCCCCUCAAGUAGUGAAGCCGCAUCAAGACUGGUUCUCAGGCCAAAGACUGGCGUCGGUGAACGCGAUCGCGUUCCAUCCAUACAAGAUGAGUCUAGCUACAGCUACUCAAGACAUGACCGUUUCACUGUACACAAGGCGGAAGAACUGAAGGAGUCAACUCGCGUCGGCUGCGUCCCAAAAACUUCGAAGGUCCCGCCACGCCGCGGACCCAAACCAUGCUCGGAUUAUGCGCUAGUGGGCGGGGAAUACGGGAUUAGACUAUAGAGGUUGGCCUCUUUUAUUUUACACCAAAAAGCUUUCCUGGCGAAAAUAUUCACCAGGGACAUUGAGCGGGGCUUUCCUUGCCAUCUCGACUGUAGAAAACAUAUAUUGAGGCCCUGUCGGAGGUCCCGGCGAAGCAGUUAUCAACUCUCAUGGAAACUUGGCAACUUUGUUGGCAAUUGAAUCUUUCACUUGAAGGCCGACCUCGCCUCCAUCUCCGGAGAAGUAACGACGCGCAUGUGUAGUCAAAGGGGAGUCCGGGAGCCGAAGACAUCGCUCUCGGAAUUUUCAGCUGGAACUUUGAGCGACGAUUCGUUUCCUCUUAUUCGCGGGAUCAUAUCGAGCGAUCGUCGGACGGAACUUUGUCGGAGAAGAUAAGCGGUACAAAGCUUGGAGAAUAUAGGCCCAAUUUUCGGAGACCCUAAAAGCGUUUCGACUACGGAACGCGGUGGAAAAAAUGAUGAGGAUGAUAUUACCUAUGAUUUCGAAGGUGUAAACGAUGAUCUACCGUCGUUAAUGUUGUUUUUGUGCAAAGAAUAUAGGAGGAGAAAGCUCCUCAACGAGCCUAGUAUAUGAAUCAUGAACAUAAGCGUGACUGUGCUUGACCGACAGGGAGGAAUCGCGCGUGGGGCUCAUGCG